AUGAGAGACGCAGCCGCCGCAGUAGCUAAGGAGCUCGAAUCAGGUUGUUCAGUUAAAAAGAAUGAAGCAAAAAUGGUCUUAACCAGGAGCUUAAUGGUUGGCUGGUUAGUUUGUUUGGUUAGUUUGCGUUUAACAGAUGGAUUGAUCGACGCCAUCAUGGGUUCCACUGCUAUAACCAUUUCAAACAGCUUUUUCACUCACCAUGACAAGGUGAUGCUCCUGAGACACAGCGAUGCCUACACCAAGGACGUCAAAAUAUGUCAACAUGGAUACUUUCAUGUGGUGAACAAUGAUUACACCCACUGGGAAAUGUAUGCAAUCGGGGGAAGUGCAAACCCCACCAUUGACAAUGAAGGCAACAGAUUCCUUGCUCCUGAUUAUCGAUUCCACAAGGAGGUUACAAAGCACCAAGAUUCAACAAAAGGCAACUGGAGAUCAGUGGGAGAUCUUAUGUUAAAUGGGGCAUUCUUCACAGCAUCAAGGGCUAAAGCAUCCUCAAGCUAUGCCAAAGCUUCAAGUAUGGCGGCAAGACCUUCCUCUAUUGUGGGCUCUAUCACUGCAAGUGCGGGUGUUCUCACCUGCAAAAAAGGUUCCAGCUAUUAG